GACAGGCGUACGACCGGGACGCGACGUCGACCACUACAAUGAAAUUGUAGAUUUUUCAUUGUUUUUUUUUCUGUAACGUCAAGGGUAGAUAAAUUCCCAAACGACCGGGUCAUAAAAGUGGCCGGCGUCCAUUCAGUCAGUUACUCGCGCGCUAUCGGUUCGGUGUGUUGGUAAGACACUGCUUAGUUUAUUUCGGGUAAAGAGUGAAUCGUAUACAGAUUCAAACUGUUAGUUUUGCAUUCGGAGUACAACAUCAACAAAAAAUGACUUCUCAAGAGACGAAUGGUGAUUUAGAGUGCAAAAAGGUUGAAGUUGAGAGCGACGUUAAGCCUAAGAUUCCCGCCUGGUUGGAUGAAGCAUUCUUCGAGGAUAUAUUUGUAGACAAACAGCAGCUGGAGCAGGGCAAGUUUAAGGUCAAAAUCAAAGCUCUCGUUCCGACAGGUGGAGCCGGCGAGAACUAUACAUCAUUACUAUACCGUGCCGAUGUCGAUGCAGAGUGUGAAGAUGGUACCGUCAAAAAUCUCCGAUUAAUUUUAAAAGCAAUGAUAUCUAAUCCGGACCUGAAACAAUUCAGCGUAUUUGUUAAAGAAAAGACUGCCUAUGAACAGCUUCUACCGACGUUGGAGAAACUGUGGGCAGCAACUGGGACAAGCGUAAGCUUUGGUCCACUUGCUGGAAGACGGUGGACGGAGAUGUGGAGAUCAUUGUGCUGGAUGAUCUGUGCGCGAAAGGCUACAAGGUUGCGAACCGCCAGCUUGGUGCCGAUUGGAACCAUGCUCGUGUCCUGCUGGCUAAGUUGGCGAAAUUCCAUGGGAAUGGUGCAAGAGGAAGGGAAACCCUUGUUUGAACAAUACAUAAAGCUAGUAGAACCAGUCUUUUUGAAGUCAAUAGAAGCGUGGCCAGGGCAUGAAGUAUAUCAGAGAAAAAUGUCAAAAGCUUUACAAGGGUUAUUCUAUAAAAUGAUGGAAGCAACGGCGAAAGUUGACACAGAUUUUGUGACGCUCUGCCACGGUGAUGUUUGGACUAACAACCACAUGUACCACUAUCAGGGAACGGAUGAACCUGACGAUGCUCUCCUGAUUGACCUCCAAGGACCUUACUAUGGCUCGCCAGUUUGCGAUCUUUACUACUAUCUCAUAUCAUCGACCACGCUUGAUUUGAAAACGAGUCAGUUUGAAGAGCUUAUUCAGUAUUACCAUUCGUGUUUGGUAGAUAGUUUACAAAAGUUAGACUAUCCGGAACGUAUUCCUAGUCUUCGAGACUUUCGGAUAGAGAUGCUGAAAAGAGGCUUUUUUGCAACGCAGUGUCUGUUCGGAAUUCUGCCCGUCGUACUGGCGGAUAAAAAUGAAAAUGCUAAUUUUGAUGGCUUUUUCGGUGAAACUGAAGAAAAUGUUAAAUUUAAAAACGACGUUUACAAUAAUCCACUUUAUCAGCUGCAUCUAAAGCCACUGUUGAAAAUGUUCGACCUUUGGGGUUUGCUUGAGUAGAAGGUUUUUUCCAGUGAUACAAUUUGUUUCCAUCGUUUGGUGCUGUACAUCAGAAAACAUUCCAUGACUGUAUGACAGUCACCUUCAGCAGUAUUCUAUUAUAUACGAUGACAUUGUUACUUCAAUAUGAAAACAAUCAGCGUCAAAUGCAGCCGUACCAAUAAAUUCCCAUUGAUUUGCUUAA